AUGCGCCUCUUGCACGUUCUUCUUCUCAUCUCGGCCUCGUACGCCUCAGCAGAAGUGGUGAAGGAAGGCUCAACAUGUACUGUCACCCCCCUCGGAGGCACAGACGACACGCCGCAGAUCCUCGACGCGUUCAAGAAGUGCGGCACGGAUGGCAGCAUCGUCUUCACCGAGGGGACGUACAACAUCCGGCAGGUGAUGGACACGCAGGGGCUGAAGAACUGCGACAUAAGCAUCCUCGGCAAGUUCGUCUGGAGCGCCGACAACCUGAACUACUGGAUCCAGAACACGUUCCCCGUCACCUAUGCCGGCCUGCACACCUCGUGGCUGCUGGGCGGCACCAACAUCACCAUGCGCGGGUUCGGCAAGGCGCUGUUCGACGGCAACGGCCAGGUGUGGAUGGACGAGAACAAGAACGGGAGCAACAGGCAGGGCCGGCCGAUCAAUCUGACCAUCUGGAAGGCGUUCAACGUCUGGAUCGACGGGAUUACGUGGCGCCAGAGCCAGUUCUGGCACACUUUUGUGGCACACAGCCAGAAUGUCACCAUGACGAACCUGGACAUGAAUACCACGAGCCACUCGCAGUAUUCGGCAGUGAAUACGGAUGGAUUCGAUUCGUGGAAUUCCAAGGACAUAGUCAUACGCAACUGGACGGUUACCUGCGGCGACGACUGCAUUUCCGUCAAGGGAAAUAGCACAAACAUCGACGUGAAGAAUGUGACGUGCUACGAAUCAGGUUGCGCCGUUAUUGGCUCUGUUGGCUCCAACGCCGGCCAAGCCGACUUUGUGGAUAAUGUGGUCUUUGAGGACAUGGAGUGCCACCACUCGUCCAAUGCCGCGUGGAUCAAGACAUACCCGGGAACGGGACAUGUUAAAAACGUGACGUUCAGGAACUUCGUGUUGGAAGACGUCAACCAGCCCAUCUACAUCACGCCCUGCACCUACUCCGGCAACAACUGUGAUAGCUCCCGGCUCGGCAUAUCUGAUAUCAGCUGGUACAAUAUUUCAGGGACCAGCCGUUAUAACAUUGCUGCUGGGAUGUAUUGUUCGAAGACAGUGCCCUGCCAGAACCUCCACUUUGAGAACAUCAACAUCAAACCUAAAGCUGGCGGCACGGGGAAGGUUCUCUGCUCGAACAUCCAGAACCAGGCAAGCAUGGGAUUGACGUGCACGGGCACCUGUCCCGCAAACUGGCCGCAGCAACUGGACGGAAACCGAUGA